GCCUGACAAGAGAACAGAACCUUACAAGAUCUAACAGCAUUGCAAAUAUUUUGGAGUUAAACUGAUGGUAUCAUCUCCUCCCACUGUGUUAUCUCAGGGGCCACUCUUUACUCCCCCCUCUGGCACAGGGGCUUAUCUUAGCAUAUCCUGGAAUGUUCUUAUUCAGCUUUUAUCAGAACAAUACACACCUCGGGAAGUUGAAGCUGCUCUUAUAAGAGGAGAGCGGAUGGAGAGAAGGGAUCAACUUAACAAGAUGUCCCUCACUGAUUUUUGGAUUGUACUGCUGGCUUGUUUGACGCUUUGUCAGUCGGCACCGACCAUCGCUCCAACCGUUUCACCGGAGGAUGAGGACCUGGCUCAGGGAUAUGUCUCUCAGUUUUACGGCGAUGUUGGUACAAGAAACUCGUCAGUACGAAGUCUCGUCAAUGAUUCAUUCAGUGAGGACCUGGAGUCAAUGCAGGCUUUCUUUGGCCUAGAGGUGACUGGCGUCUUGAAUAAAGAGACAGUGGAGGUGAUGAAAGCACCGAGGUGCGGUGUGUCAGACAUCAGCCGAUAUGGACAUUUCCCUGGGAAACCCAAAUGGGAGAAAAGAGUAAUCACAUACAGGAUCACCAGGUACACUCCAGAUCUGACGCAGAGGCAGGUGGAUGCAACCAUCGCUCAGGCCUUGCAACUCUACAGUGAUGUCAUCCCUCUGGACUUCAAACAGAUCUACACCGGCAACGCCGACAUCAUGAUCCUCUUCAAGGGCGGAUAUCACGGGGACUUUUACCCUUUUGACGGAGCGAGUGGAGUCCUGGCUCAUGCUAACUCUCCCGGACAAGGCCAGGGGGGAGACACACACUUUGACGAUGAUGAAACCUGGACUCUUACCCAGAGAGGUGUGAAUCUGCUGUUGGUGGCGGCCCACGAGUUCGGCCACGCUCUGGGUCUGGAUCACUCCAGGAACAGACGUGCACUCAUGUAUCCCACCUAUCAGUAUGUCAACACAAACGGGUACAGGCUACCAGACGAUGACAGGCGCGGGGUUCAAGCCCUCUAUGGAAGCCGUACGCCAGUGCCCACAACCGCCCCAAAACCAAAACCAACUCCUCGUCCUGAACCUGAACCAGAGCCGGAGGAGCCAUCAGAAGAACCUGACCCUCUGCCAAAUCCCCGAGGCGAGCAGUGCAGCCGUGGGCUGGUGUUUGACGCAGCUACCCCCGUGAGGGGAGAGCUGUUCUUCUUUAAAAACGGAUAUUAUUGGAGAAAGUCUUCAAUUGGAAUCCGUUUCACUAAAGUGGUAACAAAGUGGCCUGGGAUCAACUAUGUGGACGCUGCGUUUGAAGUCCCACACAGGGAUGUGUUUUAUCUGUUUGAAGGUCAUCAAUACUGGGGCAUAAGGGCUUAUCAAAAGAGAAUAAUGUCAGGUUAUCCAAAGUCUAUCACCAGCCUCGGCCUCCCCUCCUCAGUGAGUAAAGUGGAUGCAGCUGUUUAUGUGCCGACUACUAGGAAAACACUCAUAUUUGUGAAAACACAGUAUUGGAGCUAUGAUGAGAGCAGAAACCAAAUGGACUCUGGAUACCCGCGAUCUAUCACUUGGGAUUUUCCAGGCAUUGGCUCCAAAGUAGAUGCAGCCUUUGAGAAUUAUGGUUAUCUAUACUUUUCAAGUGGACCCAGACAGAGUGAGUACGACGUGACAAACAAAAGGGUGGUGCGUGUAUUGCUCAACUACGGCUGGCUCAACUGCUACUGACACACGACUGCAGAAUCCCCUAAAUGUCCCUGUCGCUUGCAUGAACAUCAUGAAUGAGUCAAGUGAAUAACAGUGUUAAGUUUUAUUCUAUGAUGAGGGGAACAUCGCUUGAAUACAGAUGUUGUUCGACAUAUUUAAAAUAAACGCAACUUAGGCAAAGAUCAGUGAUCAAUUCUGUGAACAAUGUUUGACCUUCAUCGUCUCCUGCUUCAUUUUGUUCUGUAUGGAAUGUGCUGAUGUUCUCCUCAUUUCAGUGAUGUUAGAUGGAACAUUUAUUGUGUGUUACAAAUAAAUAUUAAAAUGGA